AUGUCUUCCCUGGAUGUGCCCAAACAUGUGCAACAGGGGCAACCCCACCUGGAGCAAGCCAACAACACCAGCAUAGCAGCGGGGUUUAUCCUCUUGGGCUUCCCAUCCCUCUCACGUCCAUUCCAGCUGAUCCUCUGUGCUUUCUUGUCUACCUGCUAUGCCUUCACGUUGUCCGGAAACCUUUGCAUUGUGUGGGCUGUUCUCUGGGACUCUCGCCUCUCCCGCCUCCCCAUGUACAUCCUUCUGGGCAACUUCUCCAUUCUAGAGACAUGCUAUGUCAGCAGCACAGUACCCAGGAUGCUGUCAGAUCUGGCCAGUCCCCUGCCAGGCGCUAUCUCCUUCCACGGUUGCUUCCUCCAGUUCUAUUUUUUCUUCUCCAUGGGAACCACCGAGAGCUUCCUUCUGGCAGCCAUGGCCUUGGACCGCUACUUGGCCAUCUGCCAGCCCCUGCGCUACCCAGUGCUCAUGUCCCCACAGUUCUGCCUCAGCAUGGCAGCCUCCUGUUGGCUCGGGGGCUUCCUGUGGUUCCUGGUGCCCAUCACCAUGAUUGCCCAGCUCCAUUUCUGUGGCCCCAACAUUCUCGACCAUUUUGUCUGCGACCCAGGACCACUUCUGGCCUCUUCCUGCACUCCAGCCCCUGGCCCAGAGAUGACCUUCUACAGCCUCAGCUCAACAGCCAUUUUUGGGCCCUUCCUCUUCAUCGUGUGCUCCUACAUUGCUGUCCUCCAGGCGGUGAUAAGGCUGCCCUCUGCAGGGGGAAGGCAAAAGGCCUUCUCCACAUGCACCUCACACAUGGCUGUGGUGAGCCUUUUCUAUGGCUCCAUCAUGGUUACCUAUGUUGUCCCCGAAGCCUCUGGGGGCAGCAACAAGGUGGUGACCCUCUUCUAUUCAGUGGUGACCCCCUUGCUCAACCCACUUAUCUACAGCCUGAGGAACAAGGAGAUGAAGGAUGCUCUGAAAAGGACACUGUUGUGGGGAAAUUAG